GUGCGUCCAGCAAACAUGAAAUCAAUGAACAGCAAUGUAGACGCGGGAAAGACUCUAGGCGCGCAUAGCGGACAAGGUGCAAUUGGGGAGGAGCAGCCAGCUGCGCUGAAAUACGAGAAGAAACCGAGCCCAGAGGUGCCACCGACAACGAGAGACGUUAACAAGAAGCACAACAACGGUAUACGAGAGAAGGACGUUGUUUCGAAACAAAAUGCUCAAACAGAAGUCACAAGUCCUGCUGUUCCUGCGAUGAACAGUGCGCAGAAUCAACAUUCACAACCGUCACAGGGAUCAUCAACAGUGGAAGAACGGUUACAGGGUUUCAAUCGGGCAACAUACACGGGUUUGGCACGAGGUGCCUGUCUCGGAGUUACCGCAGGACUUGGUCUGUGCUACCUCGGCAAUAGGUACUCACAUGGGUUUCGUAAACUACCUGUCUCGCUCAAGUCAUGGUUUGUUAUUGGCAGUUCGUUGUGUGCCAGUGUGAUCGAUGGAGAGAAAUCCGGCAUGCGGUACGAAAGCCGUCAGUACGAGUCGCUGACUGUUACUGAAGAACGCCCAAAACACAUCAAGCUAUCCGACUGGCUGCUGCAGAAGUAUGACGAGAAAAAGUGGCCCUUAAUCCUAAGCUCAUGGGCUGGCAGCCUGGGUCUCAGCUUCUAUCUCGUAAACCGUGACCCUUACAGCACACCAGCUCAAAAGGUCGUCCAGGCACGUAUGUAUGCCCAAGGCAUCACAGUUGGUUUGCUACUCGUCAGUGUCUAUUUGUCUGCCGUCGCGAAAUCAAAAAAGCCUUCUGAAAAGGUUGUCUAUAUGACAGACCCAUCAGAUCAUACGAAGAAGGUGCGCUACAUAGUACCCAAUGGCGAACGCUACCCCGGCGAAAACCAAUGGCAGAUUCUCGUUUCCCAACAGGAACAGCAGCUUCGUGCACAGAACAAGCCGUUACGAGAAGGACAAGAGAGUCCGCAAGAGAGUCCAGAGAGCCAGGAUAAUCAAAAUGCAAAAUUAGCCGUUAAUGAAGAACAACAGAGGGAGCCAAACUCCCAUUAGAAUCUUUGGUCGGAUCCUCAGUCGUCGAUGAAUGUUCACGUGUUUUCGUUUCCGCUUUGUAGUGCAUGAAUGUCAUGAAAAGAAUUGGUUUUUUAAUCCAAUGAGGCGUAUUUUCGAUAGUGACUUUUACGGCUCGAAAUCGUUUGACGCACCUUCUGUAAUCAAGCGGCGGACUUCCCAACGUGGAUCGGCUUUAGGAAAACAGUCUCUGUAGUGCUCAAUAGCCGAUUGAAGGAAUACUCCAAAAGGACUUGUGCUUUGAGAACGGAGACUAAGAACAGUAGACACAUCAUCAGACGGGACCAACGUUGGUCCAACACACACUGCGAGAUUCCAGGGAUCCAUAAGGUUUUCCUGAGACGCAGUGGAAACACUGUGCAAUAGGGAGAAAAAGUAGAGUGCUGCAUUUUGGGCUUCGGUGUCUAAAUGAGUGUUAAUGCACGAAAUAGCAACCGCCGGGGGAGGCGGCACAGUCUGAUUUUCUGGGGCCAGAGGCUCUCCGCUUUGGGCGUUUGCAAGUGUAUUUUCUGCGUCCCUGCUCGCCUCCGAGCUUUUUUCUUCCAAUUCCUUUACAAAAGCAGCACUGAAAAGUGGUUUAUCCAUGCUGCGAUAAUAUCGUUUUACAAGACUAGCCGCUGCAACAGGACCAAAUGAAGCAAGCGGUACCUCAAAAUCGUUUUCGUACAAAUACCAUAGAAUGUCAGUGUGAGAUUUUGAUGGCGAUCGUCGGAAAAGGCCCUCAGUGUGCACACGCUGCUGUAUCAAAACGGCGCAUUCGUACAAUAGCCGAUGGACACCACGAAGGCUGAGAGCGUGUGCUGUUGGAGGAAAUGCGUUCACAUGCGCUUGAAUUUCUGCUCGAGAACCGCGUGCACGCAUUUGUACCUCCCAUUCACGUUCAUAAACCGUAACUGGGAAUGCGAUGGCUCGUCCAGCGAUCGGUUCAGGCAGCUUGGAGAUGCUGUCUACGUAAAAUACUUUGGCAAAAAACUUGGGGCUCACCAUAGGAAGCAACAGCAUCAAGGUUGCUCGGGACAGCCAAUCGGGGAAAAGUAUAAAGACAGCUUUAAUCUGUUUUUUCAAGGUGUAGUCCAGCCGCCGGUAGCCCUUGGCAAGCAGUGAGGAAUGAGUAAAUAUAGUUGUUCUCUGUGCCGACAGCACAACGCUGAACGGGCCUCCCUGCACCAAGUCGUUGAGACGAGUGUACACAGCAUCUACAAUGCUGUCGGCGUCUGCUCUCAGUGAAUUUACCAGCUCUGCCGUAACCACGAGAACGGGAUCAUCUGUUGUGUUAGAGAAGAUUGUAAACAACACGAGGAGUAGAAAAAAUGAAUGGAAGCACAAUAGAGUAUAAGCAAGCCAAUCAAAAUCCGAGUCAAGCUCACUGAGAACAAAUCUCAACCAACAAUAGAAACAUCACCUAACCGUGAAUUUCCAGCACAAGUCUUUUCGUCGAUAGAAUCCAAUCAAUUGCUUCCCAAGUCCUGCCUUAUUUCCUUCAUUUCUUCCUUCAGUCCCCUAACGACAUACCUUCCUGGUCAUACCCUCCCGUGUAUAUUAAAUUGUUAAUAACUUCUUGCAUGUUCGUAUGCACAGACCGUGGUGCAGACAGCACAAACACAGUCCCAGACGAUUUUUAGCUGACUGCUCACUAAAAUGUCCUGGCGAAACAGCGACAGAGUGAAUGGUUGUGGUGGUGUGUGAGCAAGUCCCUUAUGUCGUGCUCAGCAUAUUACAACAUAGCGUUUAAAAGCGCGGAGUAGUUUCCUUUUGUAGAGGACAGUAAGAGCAGUAUUUUCAUAUACGGCACCAGCUAGUUUUGAAAAGUUAAGAACCUGCAACCUUUCAUCACGCAUGCCUUUGUUGCUAGAUCUUUUUCCACGACAGAAUAAAGUUCACGGGGUGGGCGAGCCACGUGUUCCUCACGUGCACCCUAAUCCCCACACGUGGCUACCAAUCUGAGCAUUCGGCGCCCAAUACAGCAGUUAAUGUUUUGGUUGGACCAAAGUGCCGCGCAUCUGAGGCAACUUCUUUCAGUAUCUUUCACUUUCGUCACAGCAUUGAAAGCUGUUUUGGUUGCUUUGAUACGAGAGCAAGGAAAGCUGGCUGAAACAGGAGUUGUAUGUCAGGUACAAAUAGAC